CUGGUGGCCCAGUCAGUGUGUGUGGGCGGGCUGCGGACAGGGGGCAGGCAGCAGCGCGAACGAAACCCACGCUUCUCUGAACACCACCUGCUCGACUAAAUGCGCCUGUGACGCCGAACUCAUGGCCGACACGAUUGACCACGCGGGCAUGUCACCAGGGUCGCCAGGGCGCGUUCCCGGAGCGGAUUGCUGGAUCAACGCCCUGCCCGACGGCGUCCUCCUUCGUGCCAUCUCCUUCCUGGACGCCCGCCAGCUCGUGCAGACUUGCGUGCUGUCGCGGCGGUGGCGCCACCUCUGGCGCUCCGUGCCUCGCAUCAACGCCACGCGCCAUGAGUUCGACGGCAUGGCUGAUAGCGAGGAGGAGCGCGACGUGCUGUUCAAGAAGUUUACCAGCGGCUUCUUGGUGCUCCGUAACCCCGUUCCCUUGGACGAGUUCCGGCUUUGCUACUACAUGCCUGAUCCUCUAGAGUCAGUGGACCCUGAUGCAGACUCGGAAGAUGCUAACCUGUGGAUCCGCCAUGCUUUACAGAGCAAUGCUCGGUCUGUCAAGGUUGAGAUAUGGGACGAUAGAUUGCAUCUCAAUCCUGCAGUGUUUGCUUCAAAAUGCUUGACAAGCCUUCAGCUUUCGUCUGUUAUGUUGUUCCAUGGUUUCUUUAGGAACCUCCAAACUGGAUGCACAGCAUUAGAACGUCUGCUCUUAAGUGACUGUGCCAUUGACGAUGAUGAGAUUACCUCCCAGACACUAAAGGUUUUGUCCAUUGGUGAUUCCACCGAGUUCACAUUUGAUGAACAGCUCUCUAUUUCUAUUCCAAGCCUCUGUUAUCUUGGCUUCUCCGUAGAAGCAGGAAUACCUUUACUAAAGGACAUGGGAUCACUAGUGACAGCAUCAGUUUCAGUUGCUUCAGGAGGUACUCAGGUUGAUGAUAUCCGCAAGUUCCUCAGGAGCCUAUCUGGAGUCACAAAUUUGGAUUUCAACUAUGGAGGAAUGCUGAAGAUGGAAAAAAGUUCGCAAUGGUGCCCGAAAUUCAACAAUCUUAGAACCCUGACUCUUGGUAAAUGGUGCCUGCCUGAAGACUACUAUGCCCUUAAAGUCUUCCUUCAGAACUGUCCUAAUCUAGUGAAGCUAACUCUGAAACUUAAGGAGUGUAACUAUACAUCUCAAAGCAUCAUUGGUGAGCUGGAUGAAGGAUCGUUCACAUGUCAGCACAUUGAGAUGCUUGAAAUUGUAUGCUUAGAGGGUGACCGCAACGUUCUGGAGAAGCUUUUUCCUGAGGGUGGUGCAACCUUUGGUCAGGUUCGCUUCAGACACUGAAAUCAGCUCCGAGCAUGUUUGUGUCGAACACUGAACAGGUUCGCUUCAGACACUGAAAUUAGCUCCGAGCAUGUUUGUCGAACACUGAAACCUGUCACCGGAUCAUUUGGUUCUAAUGGACCGAGGAGGAUGUACGUACUUAGUUCUCAUUUAUGUCACAUAGAAACCGUAUCAGUUUCUCCCUCAUUUCUUUUUCUACUUGGAUGUAUGUCUUCACAAAACAGAGUACUUACCUACCAUACACAUUAACACUCUGCUGGCGAAAUACAUCGGCAAGAACAGCUAUAUAUUGGAUCA